GCAUGUCGCUCAUGAGUGCGCACGUUUUAUUGGCCGAGAGGCUACAACACGCAAACUAAAUCGGCUUUACGGUAAAACAGGACGGAGAGCUUUCGAGAAUAAAGACGGAUUGUUUGUGUCUUUGCUGUGAAUUUACAGACGCUGAAGAUGAUCGAGGUGGUGUGCAACGAUCGUCUGGGCAAGAAAGUCCGAGUCAAGUGCAACUCUGAGGAUAGCAUUGGAGAUCUGAAGAAGCUCAUCGCCGCCCAGACGGGAACACGACACGAUAAGAUUGUUUUAAAAAAAUGGUAUACUAUAUUCAAGGACCACGUGACUCUGGGUGACUACGAAAUUCACGAUGGGAUGAACCUAGAGCUGUACUACCAGUAGAUCAGAGGAAGACCACACACACACACACAUGCAUUCGCUGGAGCGUGUCACAGGAAACCACCAUGACCAGACAAUACAAGAAAGAAGUAUCCCCAGAGAAGAAAACACACCGGCAUCUCGCUUUUAGCUCCAAAUUUUUGCUCACAAAUUAUGUGACAAACACAUUGUUGUUCUACAUUUUUUUGUUUUGAUAUUUUGAAAUUAAAGCAGACAUUUAUUGACCUA